ACUCUGCCAACACUGCUGACCACGUCAGGGGACUCAGGUUCUCUUUCUCUUUCUUCUUCUCUAAAAGGAAUCUUUGCCUAUCUGAAUUACCGAGUGCCUCGCACCAGGAAGGAGGUAUUUGAGACGCUGGUGAAGGGGCUGCAGAGACUGGAGUACAGAGGGUAUGAUUCAGCAGGUGUUGCUGUGGAUGGCCCUAACAAGACGCCCACUGGCAUCAAUGGCAACACCAUCUGUUUGAUCAAGAAAACAGGAAAGGUCAAGGCCCUGGACGAGGAGCUGUACAAAAAAGACACACUGGACCUGGAUGAGAAGUUGUACACACACUUUGGCCUCGCUCACACUCGUUGGGCCACACACGGAGAGCCGAGUGCUGUCAACAGCCACCCUCAUCGCUCUGACAAGAAUAAUGAGUUUGUUGUCAUCCACAAUGGCAUCAUCACCAACUACAAAGAGCUGAAGAAGUACCUGAUCACCAAAGGAUAUGAGUUUGAGUCAGAGACGGACACAGAGGUGAUCCCAAAAUUGACCAAGUAUGUUUAUGACAACCGAGAGAAUGACAGCAUCACCUUCUCCAAACUGGUAGAGAGGGUCAUUCAGCAGCUGGAGGGGGCCUUCGCACUGGUGUUUAAAAGUCGUCAUUUCCCCGGAGAAGCUGUGUCCACCAGGAGAGGAAGUCCACUGCUCAUUGGUGUGCGAAGUGAGCAUGAGCUGUUGACUGAACACAUCCCCGUCCAGUACAACAGUGCUCACUUCAAGGAGGUAGUCCAGGAGAAGAACAGCCAUAACCGUCCCAACUGCUCCAGCUCUGAGGGGGAUGGCAAGGCAGUGGAGUAUUACUUUGCCUCUGAUGCCAGUGCCAUAAUUGAACACACAAACAAGGUGUUGUACCUGGAGGACAAUGACAUCGCAGUGGUGCGUGGAGGGGAACUUUCCAUCCACAGGGUGAACCGGCAGGCUGGAGAGGACCCGGUGCGGGCAGUCCAGACCCUACAGAUGGAGCUGCAACAGAUCAUGAAAGGUAACUUUGAUGCUUUCAUGCAGAAGGAGAUCUUUGAGCAGCCAGAGUCGGUAGUCAACACUAUGAGAGGCCGGAUAUGUUUUGACACCAACACAGUGGUUCUCGGUGGGCUGAAGGACCACCUGAAAGAAAUCAAACGAUGCAGACGGCUAAUCAUGAUUGCCUGUGGUACGAGCUUCCACGCUGCAGUUGCUACCAGGCAAAUCCUUGAGGAGCUCACAGAGCUGCCUGUCAUGGUGGAGCUGGCAAGUGACUUCCUGGACCGCAACACGCCCGUUUUCAGAGAUGACGUUUGCUUCUUCAUCAGUCAGUCAGGAGAGACAGCAGACACUCUGAUGGCACUGCACUACUGCAAGGAGCACAGUGCUCUGACAGUUGGUGUAACCAACACUGUGGGCAGUUCUAUUUGUAGAGAAACAGACUGCGGAGUACACAUCAAUGCUGGGCCUGAGAUAGGAGUGGCUAGCACCAAGGCCUACACCAGUCAGUUUGUGGCCCUCAUCAUGUUUGGCCUGAUGAUGAGUGAGGACAGGCUCUCUCUGCAGAACAGAAGACUGGAGAUCAUCAACAGCCUCAAAGUGCUACCUGAAAUGAUAAAGAAGGUGCUGACUCUGGAUGAGAAGAUAAAAACGAUUGCAGAGGAGUUGUAUCAGCAAAGGUCUCUUCUGGUCAUGGGUCGAGGUUACAACUAUGCUACAUGCCUAGAGGGAGCGCUGAAAAUCAAGGAGAUCACAUACAUGCACUCGGAGGGCAUCUUGGCCGGGGAGCUGAAGCAUGGCCCUCUGGCACUCAUAGACAAAGACAUGCCAGUCAUCAUGAUCAUCAUGAGGGACGCCUGCUACAUUAAGUGCCAGAAUGCUCUGCAACAAGUCACAGCCAGAUCGGGUCGGCCUAUCAUCCUGUGCUCCCAAGAUGACACUGAGAUAACUAAGAAUGCCUACCAGACCAUCGAGCUGCCACAGACUGUGGACUGUUUGCAGGGCAUCCUCACUGUCAUCCCCCUGCAGCUCCUGUCAUUCCACUUGGCUGUCCUGCGAGGAUAUGACGUUGACUGUCCCAGAAACUUGGCCAAGUCUGUGACUGUGGAAUAAAUCCAGUUCACGAAGCCCAAAAGAGGAGAGAGGAGGCUCAUAGAUUUACAGUGCAAUUGUUCAAUUGAAUGUUCAGUAUGUUUAUGUGCACAUGUGUAUCAUUUUGUGUGUGAUGGUGUUGGAGCUGUGUUUGUAUGUAGGCGAAUGAGGGUGUGAAUGAGAGAGCGAAUGUGAGAGAUGAAAGAGGGCGGUAUAAGGUACAAUGCCUAUUUUUAGAGAAAUGUGAAGUCUGACCAAUACACUGCUGAGGACAUGCCAGAGCCACUUGAGGACUUGUAGGACAACCAAUGAAAACAACAUUCCAACAUCCAAAGCAACAUGCUGUGCCUUCUUUAAAUCUUGUUUUGAGCCAAAAGACAUACAACAGGCUUAGCAGAAAGGCACUGAUAUGGUGUACUGAAGUGUUUACAGUUGCACAAUAUGGGGGCCUAUUGUGAAUUAUGAAUGUACACAGUCAUGAAUAAGAUGAUUUAUUUUGUUCCUGUUUUAUGAAUUUCUUAUGUCUUUUAACUUGUUUUUGCAUGAUGGGAAAUGUAGCAAUUACACGGUUUUAUUCCAGAGAAAUCUCUAAGUUAUGAAAUUCUGAUUUAAUAUAUUUAGUUACCCACUCAUAUAGUCACUGUGCCUGGUGGGCCAUUAA